CCUUCAAAUGGACGAUAAUAGCAAAUUAAUAGUAAACUAUAACAAUGCUAACGACAUAUUAACUAUUAAUGGUAAUCUUGAAAUAAACUCAAACUACUUUUCAAUUAUUGCAAAUCAAGAGCACCCAAAUCAAACAAACAACACUAUGUUUAUAAAAGGUUUAUUACUCACUAAAAAUAAAUUAUCAGUGAAUCUUUACUUUAUAGAACAACCUACCAUUUCCCUACCAUACCAACUAUUUAAACUAUCAUCAUCAAAUGAGCAUGACAGUUCUUUAUUAUCAUCCUUAAUUAAGCCAAUCUUAAUAACAAAUAAUGGUGACCAUCAUAGUAUUAAUACCAAUCUAAAUUUAAAUUCGCAGUAUUAUUUUGAUCAAAACAACAUUGCCUUUGCCAAAUUCUCCUUACCUCCAAUUGUAAAGCAUAUAAAAGGAUGGGAAAUUUUCUUAAUCAUUUUAUCAUGUAUUGCCAUAGUUGUACUUUUAGUUGGUUUUAUUUAUCUAUAUUUAAAUCAUAAAAGAUAUACUGGUUAUUUACCAGUUUAAAAAAAUCAAAAAAAAUCAAUUAUUUACAAAAAUAAACAAUAUUUUAUUAGUUCAUAUAUAGUUU